UUGACCUUCAUUAUAGGAGCAAGUUCCGGGAUAGGUGAAGGAACUGCUGUUAUGUUUGCUUCAUAUGGAUCGAAACUGGUGCUAAGUGGACGAAGUGAGGAAAAUCUGAAAAGGGUAAAAGGAAGAUGUAUCGAAGCAGGUCUCCCUGAACAAAAGGUGGUAUAUUUUGCGGGAGAUUUGUGUAACAACGAUGUAAGAAAGAGGUUAAUCGAACUAGCAAAUGAGAAAUUUAACCAACUAGAUGUUUUGGUAAAUAAUGCUGGAAUCUGUCAUCUGGUAGAUCUCUCUGUGACAACACCAGAAUAUUAUGAUGAUAUGAUGAACACCAAUGUAAGAGCUCAAUUCUUCUUAACACAGCAUGCUAUACCUCAUCUUAAAAAAUCAAAGGGUAAUAUCGUCAACGUCUCCAGCCAAUUCUCAACCAUGGCGGUGCCACAAAUGUAUGGUGUUUAUUGUAUGACGAAAGCUACAAUUGACAUGUUUACUAAAUGUCUAGCGUUAGAAUUGGGACCUCAUGGUAUUAGAGUGAAUUCAGUCAACCCAGGAUCUGUGGUUAGUAAUUUGGAGAAAAGAGGACCAACCGGCCUCUCAGACAAAACCUACAAUUAUUUUCUGGGAUUGGAGAAAAAUCGACACCCAAUUGGGCGUGGUGGUUUACCUGAAGAUAUAGCAUGGGCUAUUGUAUUUCUUGCUUGUGAUAAAUCAUCGUUUAUAAGUGGAGAAAGGAUGUAUGUUGAUGGUGCCAGCCAGCAUGUAACUGGUAGUGUUGAAAACCCGGAAUGA